UUAAUAACGCGCAGAAGUCGUGUGUUUGUUUACUGUAUGAGCAGUAAAGCGGCUCUCUCGGUUUCCCAGGACUCUCAAAUUCAGCUCCUGACCUGAGGCAGGAAGUAAAUAAUUCUGGAAGUGAGAGGACUUGUGAGCUGCGUGUUUGGUCUUCAGGAGCUCGGUCCCGGGCUCAGUGGAUCAUAUGGACUUUACUCGCUCGAUGAUUUUUGUCACGUCUCCAAAGAGAAAGUGAAAGUGAUUUUUUUUUCUCAGCCAGGAAGGAAACACUGACGAGAGAGAGAGAGAGAGAGAGAGAGAGAGAGAGCUGUCUAGUACUUAAAAUGCGUAGAAAGCUCUGGCAGGGCAGUCAGGGUCAGGCUGGGACAAUCCGGACGUGUUGGAUAUGCGCGCAUCCAUACUAACUUUCAUUUUCAUCAUAUCUGAGUAUUCCAUCAGAACAGGAGGUGAUGGAAAUUGUGGAGAUCCUCCAAAGGUUACAAAUGCAGAGAAUCUAAACUCUGUCACAACUUUUCGGUUCCGUAUGAAGUGUAAAAACGGAUACUUGAGAAAAGCUGGAACUUCCAACCUCUAUAAAUGUAUAAAUAACAACUGGACCAACAACCUUCCUCUAGUAUGCAUACCUGAUCCAUCCCUGCCUAGGAUACCUUCAACCACAUUGCCUCACAUUCCUCAUUCCCCUAUAACUCUAUUAUGGUCCAGUCCAACACCGAAGAUACAGAACACGACUACACAACCAAGCACUUCCACAACAUCUCCACGCACAACUUUCAAAGUACAGACAUCUGGCCAACCCUCUCAGAGGCCCACCACAAUAGAGGAGCCAUCUGUGACCAUAUCCAAUACGACUAGAAUUACACCUUCAUCCACGACCGAGAAAGAAAAUCUGAUCACAUUGUCCACUAGAAGUCUCUCUACCACAACCACUGCAGGAUCUGGCGAGUAUGAAUUUCAUGGUUCUGGAAAAGGCAUCACUGCAGCGAUUGUAGUUCCAAUUAUUGCUGGCUUGGCAGCAGCAGUAGCCAUUUUUUGUUUGCAUCGACGUUCAAGGCUACGUGCAGUUAGCAGACAUUCUGUAGAACUCAUGACCCAGAAUCCUGGCUCAGAUCAGCCCUUAAUGAAGACCCACACUUUCAUGAGCAACUGUCCUCCAGACUCCACCCAACCUCCAGUCGCUCCUGUUAAAAACUUUCCUGAGAGCACAUAUACAGAUACUCCUCUUUCUGCUUAAAAUCCCUACCGGUGACAAUUAAAAUAGAAAAUAUUUCAUGUGAAGACAACAACAUUAUGACCAAAAUGCCCUACUUACAAUAAAAAUGCAGUUUACAUUCUUGAAACCAAUGAAAAUCAUUUUUUCAAGACAUGAAAAAUGAUCCUUUUGGGCUGUUUUCUUCUAGUAUUUUCUAGCUCGACAACAAACAGGUGCAUUUUCUUGCAUUUCUACGUGUCAGCUGUGAUUGCGGUAUGUAUAUUCUGUGUUGCUUGAUGUGUACUGUACGUGCUCUCAGUAUCUAGGUAGAUAUGUGUUUAAAAGUGCAGAACUAGCCUUUACUCGAAAUAAUUAUUGAAUGCCCCAGCAAAUUUUUGGUAUUUUCCAGCACUUUCUAGACAGUUCAUGUGUUUUUAUUUCUUUCAUUUGUUAUACAUUAAAAUAUACUAUAUAUAUAUUUAUUUGCAGCAAAUACAGGAUACAGGGAGCUUUUUUUUCUUGUUGCACUGCUAAUAAUAAAUGUUGAUUCCCCCCCGCAGAUUUUAUGUCCAAUCCCAAAUAUCUGGUACACUGGACACUGCAUCAUAUUUCAUGUUAUCAUGACCCUAUAUACAUAUAUAAUAAAUGUGUUGUGCCAUUUUUUUAUGCAUUAAACAGUUGGAAACAUUUUUGAGAAUGUUCUUUGCUCACAGAACUAAGGAGUUAUAGAAAUAUGGAAGUUUAAUUAUGCGCUGUACUCCAGCAGACUGUUUGACAUGGGGGGGAGCAAACAUACAUUUACAGUUAGGUCCAUAUAUAUUUGGACACUGACAGAAAUGUUGUUUUUUUUACCUGUUUACUGAAACAUAUUCAAGUUAUAGUUAUAUAAUGGACAUGGACAUAACGUCCAGACUUUCAGCUUUCAUUUGAGGGUAUCCACAUUAAAAUUGGAUGAAGGGUUUAGGAGUUUCAGCUCCUUAACAUGUGCCACCCUGUUUUUAAAGGGACCAAAAGUAAUUGGACAAUUGACUCAAAGGCUAUUUCAUGGGCAGGUGUGGGAAAUUCCUUCAUUAUGUCAUUCUCAAUUAAGCAGAUAAAAGGCCUGGAGUCGAUUUGAGGUGUGGUGCUUGCAUUUGGAAGAUUUUGCUGUGAAGAAAACAUGCGGUCAAAGGAGCUCACCAUGCAGGUGAAACAAGCCAUCCUUAAGCUGUGAAAACAGAAAAAGCCCAUCCGAG